AUAAAUGACAUUUAAAGUAGGUAGUAGCUGGAAACUCCGAGACAAACCCACUUGACGAUUUCACCCCUAUCAUCUUCCUCGAUUUACACGACACUCCUCGGUUCCUUCAUAAUAACAACAACACCGCGCUUCAAAACGCACCGUAUCGUUCCCUCGCUUUCUCCAUCAGAAAAUGGAGCGCGGGAAGAUCGCGGCGGAGACGGCGGAGGAUCACCGGCGGAAUUCCGGCGAACCGGAGGAGAAGGUGUUCGUCGGAAACAAAGAAUUCGCCGACUCGUCGUCGUCGACAUCGUCAUUUCUGGCGCUGGCGUUGUGGCUGGGAGCUAUUCAUCUCGUCGGCGUUUUGAUCUUGUUCUCCCUCCUCUUCCUUCCUCUCUCCAAAGCACUAUUGGUUUUUGGUUUGCUUUUCGUGCUAAUGGUGAUUCCUGUUGAUGAAAAGAGCACCUUUGGUAGAAAAUUGUCCAGGUACAUAUGUAAGCAUGCUUGUAGCUACUUUCCGAUCACGCUUCAUGUAGAGGAUAUAAAGGCCUUCAAUCCUGAUCGUGCUUAUGUUUUUGGUUAUGAACCACAUUCGGUUUUGCCAAUUGGAGUUGUUGCACUAGCAAACAACACAGGUUUUAUGCCUCUUCCAAAAAUAAAAGUUCUUGCUAGCAGUGCAGUCUUUUACACGCCAUUUCUGAGACACAUAUGGACAUGGUUGGGUCUAACACCAGCAACAAGGAAAAACUUUAGCUCCUGGUUGGAUGCAGGCUACAGUUGCAUCUUAAUACCUGGUGGAGUGCAAGAAACAUUUUUCAUGGAGCGUGGUUCUGAGAUUGCCUUUCUCAAGGCUAGAAGAGGAUUUAUCCGCAUGGCAAUGGCGAAGGGGCAACCCUUGGUUCCAGUUUUCUGCUUUGGACAGUCAGAUGUCUAUAAGUGGUGGAAACCCGGUGGGAAGUUAAUUCUGAAGUUUGCAAGGGCUAUCAAGUUCACCCCAAUAUACUUCUGGGGAAUGUUUGGAUCUCCAAUACCAUUUAAACAUCCUAUGCAUGUGGUGGUGGGUAGGCCAAUUGAGCUCAACAAAAAUCCAGAACCAACGACUGAGGAGGUUGCCAAAGUCCAAAUUCAGUUUAUGGAAGCACUUCAAGUUCUUUUUGAAAGGCACAAAGCUCAAGCUGGAUAUCCGAACCUUGAGCUCAGAAUUGUUUGACAAGGCCAAAAGUUAAACCAUCAACCCAUGUUUUCAUGGGAUAAUUACACACUCUUCUCUUAGGUUGGGUUAUGUUUGGGAGCUCUGAAGAUGAAAUGGAUUAUUAUUGGUACAUUAUGAAGUAGUUUGGGAAUGGUGAGUGGAAAGGUGGAAAAUGUUAUACAAGUUAGACUCGGUUCAUUGAUAUUGUAAAAAUUAUUACACGGAAUUAUAUUUAUACAUAACAUUGUAUAACAGUUGGUAUGA